AUGGUUCCUCUUAAAAUUAUUGUCACGGGUAAAUCUUCCAUCACUCACCUCCCUGAACGUGGUACCCUCAGAUUCUCAGUAAAGGGAAAUGGCCCCGAGCAAGAAAAAGUCGCCAAAGAAGUGGCAACAUCAUCCACCAACCUCCAAAAUUGGAUCAUAUCAACCUUUAAUUCCCGGAGCGACGAUGAUCCUGAACCCCCUCUGACAAAAUUCUCAUCCACGAGUAUCAGAACCUGGACAAAGUCAACAGAUAGACACGACCAACCCGUGUUAAAUCCACACCAUGCCAGUAUAUCCUUCCAAGCCGUCUUCCGCGACUUCGCCAAGUUGAACCACGCGAUCGAAGAAUUACUGGUCUAUCCCAAGGUCGAAAUCGACGGCCUGGAUUGGACUCUCACUGACGAGACCGGGAGACGAUUGGCAUCGGAUGCGCGCAAAUUGGCCCUGCGCGAUGCUAUUCAACAAGCCGAAGACUAUUCGGAAGUGAUUGGACGCGAUGUUUCCGUAGCGGAAAUUACCGACCAUGGGAUAAGCCCUUACCGGGCUCAAAGACAGAUGGUCGCUGCUAGUUAUGGUGGUCAGCCUGGGGAAGAUCCGGUGCCGCUGGACCUCACGCCUCAGGAUAUUGACGUUGAAAGUAAUGUCAAUGUUACCUUUUCAAGCUAG